AUGAACGAGCUGCUAACAGAAUGGAUACGAAUGUUACACGCGCUACAUCACGUCGCCCAGCCCCUGCCCCCCGCCUUGCACCCCAUGGGGGACAUCAAAGCCCCCUCUGUUCUCAGUUCUGGUUCAGGUUUCUCGGACAGCCGACCUCAGUCUCCCGCGCGGACAGGCCUCAACAACACUCCACCUCCUCCUCCUCCUCCGCUGCCUCCUCCCCCGCCUCCGCUGCCCUCUGGCGCACGGGGCACCCCUCCACCCAUCCCCCCCCUGCCCACGCAGCAGCCCCCGGCCAUCCCACCUCCACCUGCGCCUCUUCAGAUCGCCCCGGGAGUCCUGCACCCGGCUGCUCCCCCCGUCGCCCCGCCUAUGCACUCCUCGCCAGCGCGUCUGCUUCAGGGCAUGGGAUCUCUGGGCUCUUCGGACGGCGCCGCGCUCCCCCCGCCCCCUCCUCCGCCUCCCCUGCCUCAGCCCGGAGCCCGCACCUCGUCCCCCUGUCCUCCGCCGGGCGCUAUGGCUUCUCCUCAGCCUCACGCAGCCGCCCACGAUGUGAUUCCCAAGAGGCAUCACCCAGCGAACCUGCCCCCUAUCAGCGACGCUCGCAGUGUGUUGCUAGAAGCCAUCAGAAAAGGUAUUCAGCUUCGGAAAGUAGAGGAGCAGCGGGAGCAGGAGGCUAAGCACGAGCGCGUUGGCAACGACGUGGCCACCAUUUUGUCUCGACGCAUCGCCGUGGAGUACUCCGAUUCCGAGGACGAGUCGGAGUUCGACGAGGGGGACUGGAACGAGUGA